AGUUGCAGCGUCGGGUCGGAGCGGGCGGGCGGUGCGUCGGCCGGCGUGGCGGCGGAGAGCGGUCAGUGAUGCAGUGAACGUCGACCCCUGCUCGGAGCUCGAGGAUCCAGUGUGACCCAUGGAGAUGGUUCAGGCCGACUACAGCAGCGGCUACCAGCCGCCCCCGUGUGCCGGUGAGCGGAGCGACAACCCGCAGCGGGCCUUCAGCCCCGGCCAGCCGGCGGUCCAGGAGAGCGGCUCACGCGACUACCAGGCGGUGCUCAGAGACUAUCCUCAGCCGGUGCUCAGGGACUACACUGCAGCCGAGGGCCAGCCGCCGGCGGACGGACAGAGCAGAGAACUGGACAGGCAACGCAGCUUCUCCGGCGGCGGCGAGCCGAGACACUACUCCGCAGACUCGAGACAUUACUCGGGUGACUCGAGACACUACUCUGGUGACUCGCGGCACUACUCUGGUGACUCGCGGCACUACUCCGGUGACGGCCGUGCUUUCUCUGACGAGCGGCGGCAGUACGAGCUGCUGGGGGAGCCGGAGCGCCGACCGGGCCCGUCGCCCGGCUCGGGGACGCACCGUUCCCCCGGCCACUCCCCACCGCCCAGCUAUGAGUCAGUCUCGCGGCCGCCGAGUCGCCCCGACUCCGGACCCCCGACUCCGGCCGAGUCGACUCAGCACGCUGAGAAGAUGUUCGCCUCCAAGGCCGACCUCCAGAUGCACGUGCAGCUGCACAUGCGGGAGGCCAAGCCGUACAAGUGCAGUCAGUGCAGCAAGGCGUUCGCCAACAGCUCCUACCUGUCGCAGCACACGCGCAUCCACCUGGGCAUCAAGCCGUACCGCUGUGAGAUCUGCCAGCGCAAGUUCACGCAGCUGUCGCACCUCCAGCAGCACAUCCGCACUCACACGGGCGACAAGCCGUACAAGUGCCGCCACCCGGGCUGCUCCAAGGCGUUCUCGCAGCUCUCCAACCUGCAGAGCCACUCACGCUGCCACCAGACCGACAAGCCCUACAAGUGCAACUCGUGCUACAAGUGCUUCACCGACGAGGCCAGCCUGCUAGAGCACAUCCCCAAGCACAAAGAGUCGAAGCACCUCAAGACGCAGAUCUGCCCGUACUGCGGCAAGAGCUACACGCAGGAGACCUACCUGCAGAAACACAUGCAGAAACACGCAGAUAGGAAUGAUAAGCGGGUCUCGGCGCCUGUUGGACUGCCGCCGCCGCCACCUCAGCAUCAUCAUCAGCAGCAGCAGCAUCACCACCAGCAGCAGCAGCAACAGCAGCAGCAGCAGCAAGAGCAGCAGCGGCAGCAGCAGCAGCAGCAGAGGCUGGAAAACCCCUACUGGCCCAAAGACGAUUACCUGGUGAACGGGGCGGCUGCCGGCGGCGGGCUGCAGGCACCCCUGCACCUGUCCCGCGCUGACGGACUGGACGACCCGCGCCUGCACCCCUCGGCCGGACUCCGGGAGACACUCGAGCACCGCGUCCUGCUGGACGAGCGGCAGGAGCACCACCUGGGCCAGCCGCCGCCGGGCGCCGGCUACGAGCCGCUCUCGCGCGCCGCCGUCACCGCCUCCUCGGCGUUCACACCGAUCCAGAGCGGGGCGCCCGUGAGCAGCGCGCCGCUGCCGCUGGCGCCGCCGCCGGCCGCGCCGCGCUACUUCUACGACCACUCGGGUCUCGGCAAGGACGUGAAACCGGCCGGCAACGCCGCCGGCUUCAUCUCACUCCACCAGAUCAGCAGCUACGCGCAGCAGCGCAGCGGCGCCAUCGGCAACGACCUGCUGGGCCAGCUCCGGGACAAGCCGCAGCCGCCGCACGACCAGCAGUGAGACGGUGCUGCCACCUGUUGGCGACACAGAUAAGCUGACGUUCAUCCCGUAGACGCGAAAAGUGUUUGUGUUCUGCUGAGGCUGACGCCCUUGCUGGUCCGUAGAGGAACUUAUCUUCUACUGCAGUACCUACGGUCGACCGUGAAAGCAUUACGUGCGUUCUCUUAGCACGCUCGUUAUAUGCCAUCUGUGGUUAGAAAUCACGGUUUCAGUUGCGUUUAGUUUUUCACGUGACAUGCGAAGCAUGACACGAGACAACCUUGUGAUUUACGCUUUCGUUGUGGUUCUGAACCACGAGAGUGAUUGACGUAGGCGGUUUUGAACCUAAACGUAAUUGUUAUUCAUAAGUUUCUUCUUGUUUGAAAUAACCAAUCAGCUGUACACGUUUGAGAGAGCGGAAUUAUUAUUUUAAGGUAACACGAUAACUCAUAACUUUUAUUCACAUCUUGAAUUACGUAUCAAGAUAUGUUUAAUUUCGAAUAAGACAUCAACACUGACAAUGUACUACCAUUGCGUAACUCUGAAUAGCACCAAAACGCUUAAGCGUAUUGAGCUGCAAUCCCUACCAUAGCAUUUAUUCGGCUUUAUUAUGAAAGCUCUCGUUUAGUCUGUAGUGUCCGCGUAUGUCGCCGACCCAAUAUGGCAAUUUUGUAACGCUCAGGGAAAAGUGUACCUUUCUGUAUCUUUUAUUGUUGAAGUUAAUGGCUAUUUUGCCGUUUUCCGCUUUUAUCUAAGAGGACCUCAAGACAAACCAAGUUCACCAUUGUUAAAUGCAUAGAAAUGCUUAUAACUAAGCAGCACUCCCGGUAAAUAAUUAUGUAUUUACUGCAAUAGCUCUAAUUCUGCUAAUUCUAGUGGCAAGUCCUUCGAGAAGGAAUAUUCAAUUCAACUCAAGUCCGUUUUGCAGCUGAGCUCCGGAGGUUAAUUCAUCGAUAUCAUUUUAUGAUAAGAAUAGCUAAGAAUGUGUAUGUACCUGCACCACUUUAUGGCUCUCAGGAAACUCUGGUUCUCGUCAGAUAGGCUUGAAUUUUGUUUGCAGUAUUUUUUCUGCUUCAUUAUUAUUCAAGGUGGGUCUUCAAAUGAUGUUUAAAGACAGGAUUAUCAGUAAAAAUGGGCCGUGACGUUAAAUCUAAUAUUAUGUUGACAAUAAGUACCCCAACUCAGGUUCUGAAAUGGCUACCUCAUUAAAAUCCCAGGUCAUCGUAGUUUGAUCUCUGCAUACGUGAGCCACGCUGCUGGACUCUGGGCGGUUUUAUCGCGUCUCUUUCAUCCGAGACGCAUCUCCCCGUCGCUGUUUGCGGUACACGUAGAUCCGACAGACGGGCGUCUGCAUCCGCAUGUGGCAAUCAUCCACUGACCCCAGGGCAAUCAGACAAACAGGGUAGUUAGUAGUUACAGACCAGGCACAUGAGGGGCGGGGAUGGGUGCGGCAUGGGUCGAAUCAGCACCCCGGGUCGGUGCUGCUGCCAUCCCUGUGUUGUGCCCGUCUUGUGCCGCUGUUCAGUGUUAUUGCUCGUUGUAUUUAGACGUGAUGAAGCGACAGGCAGAGAUACCAUAUUGACUCUCAAACACAGCGGCUUAAAUCUGACUCUGUGUUUUAGAUGCGCCAGUGUUGGUCUCGUUGUACUUUGCUGUAUUAUAAUUGAACGAUGUGCUCUCGCUGAGGUGAACUGGCAGGACGCUGGAUGGCGUGGGCUCGCGCCGGGCAGGUGUUGGCACUGACCGGUCGCGGCGCCCUGUGAGUGGCCUGGGGCUGUGUGUGAGACGGCCCGAUACCGGCCAGCGGUGAUAAAACAGUGUGUAACGCUGUCUAAGGGAGAGGCGACGCCUACCGGCCGGGCGAUGCCGCGCGCCGCCCGGCCGGUCAAGGUCAUGUGAUCGGCGCUGUGAUUGGUCAAGGGCAACAGACGGUACGCUGUGAUUGGUCGAGGGCGCCAAGCGGUGUGUUGUGAUUGAACGAGAGCGCUGGGGGUCAGGGACUGCGAGGGACGUAGCCCUUUGUAUAUAACUGGGCGGACCUAUGAUCAGUGGUAGGUUCGUACGGCCGCAGAAGUCGGUCACUUCAGGGAUUCGAUGAGUGUUGAUCGCUGGGAAAGCCCAGUCCCGGGGAGCCGGCCCCUGUUUCUGUUCGUUUUUUGGAUUGCUGUAUGUGUCACCAGGAUCUUGUUGAGGACGUUCUUAGACGAUAGUGCUGUCAGGAGGGGCGGAGUAUUGGUCAGGCUCUCGGCGUUCGCUUCUCGCAUGGUGUGUGCAGUACUUAGGCUGAGGCAGUGCCGGACGGCCGCCAGCCUGGCAUGUUCUUGUACAGUUUUAAUAUCAGUAUAUCGUCGGAAUAAAGUGGUGUACCGUA